CGGAUGGGAUGAAGAGAGUAAGAUGAUUACACUUGACACUACGACAUAUGCUGAGCUUAUCGAGAGACAUCCAAAAUACAAGCCUUAUUUGAAUUGUCCAAUUCCAAGAUAUGAAGAACUUCGCAUUAUUUGUGGGGAGGAUCAUGCUACUGGAGAAUUUAGAGAGACAAGUUAUGACCCUGACAUUGAUAAAGAGAUUCCAACUAUCAAUAUCGACGAAGAUGAUCUUGUAGAUAGUCUUGGUAUGGAUGGAGUUCGUGUAUCACAAUUAAAUGGAGUGGAGCCUUCGAGCAUUUUUAUCAAGACAGGAACUGUAAGCGGUAAAUCGUCUCGUCCAGUAAUGAAGAAGAAAAGGGAGGACUCCCAAAUAAUUAUUGGUGAGAAACUUGUGGAGGAAAUGGGAAAGGUAGCCACUGCCAUUGUUAGUUUGAAGGAGCGAACUUGGGUUGAGGUUCUUGCUGAUAAGGUUUUUGGUUUUCAAGAUAUUUCCAUAGAUGAUCUUGAACUGGUUUUCGAUGAAUACUACAAGAAUGAAGUUGAAGCGAAGGCUUUUAUGGUAUUGCCCGAACCAAUACAGAGAAAGAGGAUUCUUAACGUGUUGGAGAGGAUAGGUAGGCGACCAACUUUGGACAACGCUCAGACAUGA